AAACUGAGGUUAAAUUGGUGUAUACAUUCUUUUAACACCUGUACCUUGGUAUUCUAGUGAAAAUGGACACAGUACAUGUAUACAUGUAUGUGGGUGGGAAACCGAGAGCAUUCCUUUUCAAUUUACUCGUGAAAUGUAAGAAAUUCUUAUAAAUUUAAAGAGCUUUAUAUGUAACCAUGCUUUUAUUCCUCCAUGAUGUACAUUUACAUGUAACUCAACAGUGGGUCCGGUGGCUUUGGAUCCAUUCUUCUACAUGUAUGUUGGGUCACAUUUGACCUGUUUUUGCCUCUGUCCAACCUGUAUUGUAUGCAUAUUUGUCCACAGAAUGUGUUUUUACAUGCACAUGUAUACUGUACUCACUGGUACAUGUAGGAAUAUGCAAACAUGUACGUGCACGUGUACAUGGUGCUCCCUAGCCGGAAGAUGGGCCAGGGUGACAACCCUCUUUACUUUUAUCCCAGUUGGAAUCUGACAUUGACAGAUGUGCAGCUCCCUCACCCCCACCACUGGUAUUCUUUGUGCUCUCUGUAAGGAAAUUUCUGACUUACUCCUAUCAUUUGUUCUGUUGGGGAGGAGUUAUUCUGUCCUUUAUUCCAGGGUCAGUGCUGCAAAUGGUGUGAACUGCCCCUCUCUAUUUACAAAAAUUCCACACUGUGUAGCUUGCAGAAUCAGUGGUGUCUGGCUGUGUUGACCCCUGACCUUUAGGGCAUCCAUCUCAGUGAGAUCUGUUUUCCAAUUCAGUGCAAGCGCUCCACAUUUUUAUCUAGGGUCCACAGCAGGCUGUCUUCUCUUCAGACAGGGGCUUGUGCUGAGUGGCCUGUUGGCUGAGGAAUGUUGAACAUGCUGGUGUACAUGUACAUGUACUUCUGUGUAAUACACCAUCAGGAAAUAUAUGCAGUGGUACACCUGCGUCCUUCUGAUGUACACGUACAUGUACUGAACAGCAUGUGUUAACUCUGAAAAUGUUUGCCAAGAAGGCGAAGAAAGGAUCUCGGGUCAAUAUCUCCCUGCCGUCCAACUUUGAGCACCGGGUGCACACGGGCUAUGACCGGCAAUCGGGCAAGUACAUGGGACUGCCCCGGCAGUGGGCAAACAUUAUAGGCGCCGACGAGAAGAGGCCCAAACCGAUCAUCGAUCCGUCACUGAUCACUCCUACUGAAGUCACCAGCCUGAAACAUAUUGUGCGCGGCCCCAGCUCCCCGACUGGCGAUGGACCCUCCAAUGGGUUUGAGCCCCGGAAGAUAUCGGUAGCCCGGUCCAACUCAUUACGCAACCAGAGCACUGCCAAGCAGCGCCAACAGAGGGACCGCAUGGAGCAGCAGGUUCCAGAGUCUGUACCAGAAAAUGAUUGGACUGCUCCUGUACAUCCUUACGAUGAACCACCCCCAGGUUACUCCACCUUCCCGAGGGCUCAGCAAGGUCACAGGGGACAGCCUCCACCAAUGGGGGAGCAGGGACCCCGGGGAGAUCCCGGGUACCGUGGUGACCAAGGCCCAAGGGACAGGAUGGAUUCCCGGGGGAAUACGUACGAUCCCCGCCAGCGGGGAGGCACGAUGGACCGGGGCAACAUGCCACCUAGGCCUCUCUCCGAGCACGUUGAUCGAGAGAGGGGCAACUACGACCAGCGGGGGAUGACCAUGACAAACGACGGGGAGCGGCCGAAAUCCAGCUACGACCGGCCGGGGGAUGAUUUCAGGGGAGCAGUGAAUGACCACGGCAGUCUGCAGCGUCAUGGCAAGGAACCGGCCAGGGACAACCGCAACAACAGCCAAUCUAACAGCUUGGACCACAGGCAUGAACGCAACCAGCAAGGAUGGAGGGAGCCCCCAAGAGAUGGGUAUGGGCCAGGUUACAGCGGAAGACAUCCUGAUCCAAGACAUAUGGAUCGAGACAGGAGGCCAGACCCACAUGGACCUGAACGGGCACCACCUCCGGGCCAUCAUGGGCAGACAGGACCACCUGACAGAUACCAGGGCAGACCCCCUGGGGCACACCCACCCCCAGGGUCCAAUGCACAGCCUGGCGGACCCCCCACGAUAGACCGACAGCGCGAUGGAACCCAUAUGACUCAGCGCGAUGGACCUCCUGACAGCCAUCAUGACAGGUACCCUCGUGGGCACCCAGCUAGACACCCAGGGGGACCCCCAGGGGCACAUCCAGGGGGACCCCCCGGGGGACACCAUGGGAGAGCUAAUUCACCUCGCGAGCAGCAGAAUUACCACCAGCCCGGCCCUGGGGGCGAUAAUCGGCCUAUAGGGCACAGUGCCCCAGGUCAGUCUUCCAACGAGUAUGGACAGCACCCACAAUCAGCGGGUUAUCCGGUUGGUGACUUCUCGCGCAUGAAUCUCAACCGCAACGAGGCCCAGCAGCACCGGUCCCCUUCUUCCUCCCAUUCUUCCGACAGUCAGCAUGCCCCGCCUCAGGGCAGGCCCCACGGCCCUGGCCCAUCCUACGGCCACCCGGAGCCCCAGGGCCGCUUCAACACCCACCCGCAAGGUGGCCCACCCAAGGACGACCCCAUGCUAAGCCAGCGCAUGCAGCCUGGACCGCCGCCGCCACAGCAGCACCAGCAGCAUCAUCAACAGCAUCCGCAGCAUCAGCAAGGACUGGCCGGCUCUGGCCAGACCCCUUCCCCGGCUGGGGAGCAGCGGGUGUCCCACGAGCAGUUCCGGGCUGCCCUGCAGAUGGUAGUGAGCCAGGGUGACCCCCGCCAGCACCUGGACCACUUUGUCAAGAUCGGGGAGGGGUCGACGGGUAUCGUCUGCAUUGCCACGGAGCGUGGGAGCGGGCGCCAAGUAGCAGUAAAGAAGAUGGACCUGAGGAAGCAACAGAGGAGGGAACUCCUGUUCAACGAGGUUGUCAUCAUGCGGGACUACAAGCAUGCCAACAUUGUGGAGAUGUACAGCAGUUACCUGGUAGGGGAUGAACUCUGGGUGGUCAUGGAAUUCUUGGAAGGCGGCGCGCUCACCGACAUUGUCACCCACACACAAAAACUGGAAGAGGAGAGCAUAGCCUACAUCUGCAAGGCCAUUCUGAAGGCCCUUGCCUUCCUACACUCACAGGGUGUCAUACACAGAGAUAUCAAGAGUGACAGUAUCCUGCUGACCCAUGAUGGCAAGGUCAAGCUGUCUGACUUCGGGUUCUGCGCUCAAGUCUCUUCAGACAUGCCUCGGAGGAAGUCGCUGGUGGGGACGCCCUACUGGAUGGCACCCGAGGUCAUCUCCAGGUUACCUUACGGACCAGAGGUGGAUAUUUGGUCCCUUGGAAUUAUGGUCAUGGAGAUGGUGGAUGGUGAACCGCCGUUCUUCAAUGAGCCCCCGUUGCAGGCCAUGAGACGCAUCCGUGACAUGCCUCCACCUAAACUCAAGAACCCACACAAGGCUUCGCCACGUCUGCAGGGCUUCGUGGAGAGGAUGUUAGUGCGCGACCCCACUCAACGUGCCACCGCCUUCGAGCUUCUCGAACACCCCUUCUUACGGACUGCCGGUCCCGAUUCCUCCCUCCUGGGGCCCAUGAGACAACUCAGGCACAAGUAAAAAAACUUGUGUACGAUCGAGCCUCUUGUAGAUAUACAACAAAAUUGCACUUAUGUACAGUACUUGUGUAACAUAAAUUUCUCGCUCUGUUCUGGGACAUUCGAUGGAGUUUGUAUUCUAGUGUUAUUUUUAACCAGCUGUUACCAAAUAAAGUCAAUCCACAGGGAGAAAAAUACAUUGUACAUAAAACAAUAUGCAAAAUUUGUUUCUGCAUUUGAAGGAGAGUAAAAGACAUGUAUAUUUUCAUCAGUGAAUGCCUUUAACCGCAUGAAGCCAGUCAGUGAAAUAUGGGCAUGCGAGAUGCUUGGGGAUGUGAAGGGCUUUGCAGUGUGUACAGCGAGCACUGAAUUUUGAAGCACCAACAAGCCGUUGAGCCCUCAUUUUCCACCAAAAAGAAGUUCUGGAUUAUCUGAUUCAUGUAUUUAUACACUCAUGACAAGUAGACCCCCCCACCAUUAAACAUUCAGAUCUUUAUUCCAUGCCCUGUAUUCCAGUUUGGUCAUGCACUACAUCGGAUUCUGUAUAUUUUGCUAUUCCAAUCCACUAGAAGUAGUGCACUUGUACCAGUGUGUCGUCUUCACCAUGUGUAAAUUCCUAGCUGUAAGCACCAAAAUAUUCCGUAUAUUGUUUGUAUGAUUUCACAUGAUGUAUUCUAUAAUCAAUACUCUAAUUUUUAUGUUAGCAGUUACAAACAAGCAUCAUAACAAAAGUACUCUUUACUUUUUUUCUUGAAGUUUGUAUUCAAAUAACAGUUUUAAUGUCUGGCAUGUCAGAAGAGAAGCUGCCCGGAGGAAACUGAAGGAUGAUCACACUCUCUGAAUCUAGGGGUUGUGUACAAUCCCAAGUGCACAAUGACUGGCAGGUGUUACGAAGCCGGCACAGUGCUUUCAUCAUGAGAGACUUGGGGAGGGGUAGGAACUCCUGCACAGGGAUCCUUGUGCCUUGGAUCGGUCUCUUGUUUAAGUCAGUGUCUGUGCUUUAAGAUCCAGGCCCAGUGGAGAAAGGCUGCGUCCGAAUCACUUGGCUGCGGCUUGAAAUUACGCAAGCACUCUAUGGAAACUGGUUGCAGCUACUUCCAUGGACUUGAGCGUAACUGUUGAUCACAGUCAAGGAAUUUGGACAUGGCUUAAAUUAAGCAGAGAGCCCUUCCUAGUAAAUGUUCCUGUAGGUGCUUAGAGGAAUUCAGCAGUUUGGCUUGUAACCUACUUUUGCUGAGCAAAUGUUUACUUCACUUAGCAAAUACCAUGCUCAGGAGCUCUACGAUAUCAGCCCUAGCAAUUGAGAACCAAUCACAAGUAGAAAUACGGGACAUGUAGUCUGGUUCCCGGACCUCACAAUUCUCUGUACAUGUAUAAAUUGUAGCCACCUUUGACAAAUAUAGCGUGAUGCAGGGUAAGAUGUAUGACUUAAUGUCAGGGAUGCGGGAUGUGCGUGUCCGUUUAAUUUCAAAGUAACCGUAGUCAAAAGUCAUCUAAAAGUGGCGGUGAGUGUUGAAAAACAAGUUUUAAAAAAUUGAGUGAGCUGUCCUUGUAGAAAGGUGGUUAUACAUGUUAGAUGUUACAAACUGUACAAUAUCCAAAAUCACCAAACAUGAGUUUGGUGAUUGAAAAUUUCGGCCACUUCUGAAAGAUUUUGGUAAUGGGGGAAUUCUGCCAUUUUAGUCACGUACUGACUAGUAGUGGGUACCGGACCUAAGAUUGUACACAGCAGUAGGAAUAUUUGGUCUGGGAACUAGACUACAUGAAAUGUAGCCAGUUCUUACUAUGAAAAUCACCCCCCCAAAGAUGUGUGCACGAAAGUCGCCUCAAGUCUUGGUUCUCUCUAGUUUUCUGGGAAGAAAACCUGAUGUGAUGAUCCUUGUCCAUUUUUCAUACAAUCAUGUACAUAUUCAGGGACAUUCUUCCACUUAACACAUUAGCGCAAAUCUUUCAUACCGACUGGUAAGCAGCGUAAUCGUGCUUUUUGAGAAAGGCCUUUUUGAUGGUAGUGUUAUUGAUAUGAAUUUUAACAGGGUAAGACUUUACAGCACGAUUGUGGGCGCUUGUAGGGCGGUCAGGGCAGGACCCUUCUGAAUUGAACUUCACAAAAUGGCAACACAUUAGAUGGGCUUGCAGUAAUUACAGGCCUUGGAACUUGCCUGAAUGUUUUGUUAAUUUUGAGCACCAUGUCUGCAUUUCAGAAAAACUGGCACCAGCGCUCGGAACAGACUGAACACUCUGAUACUUAAAAAUUAGGGUGCUUUGAGAAAUAAAUUCUGUUGGAAAAUACUGUCUAAGUACAAGAGGGAGGUUGAGAAAUUGGCAUAGCUGUGAGAUAUAUUAUCACUAGGAGUCAAAAACUAGUACUCAGCUGGAGAAGGUGGAGAUUGAAUCAGGUUGCACCAGUGCCCCCCCCGGCCCCCUGUUUGGUGUGGGUAGGGAUAUAAGUUGUUUGGAGCUGUUGCGUUCAUACCACAAUAGAGACACGAAUGUGUGUGAUAAAUCUAGCAAAGGUAUUACAUCUUUCUGUUCAUUUAGGGUCUGUGUCAAGGCUAUAAAAAGUAGCAGGAUUCUUGUUUGGGGGAUCUUCAAUUUAGAUUUAAUUUAAUCUUGCCAAUCUAGGCCUUUUUAACACUGCAUAAAAGCUUUCUUUGUUUCAGUUUUCAUAUUUAAUUUUGCUUUUUUAAGACAUUAGCAUACAGCCAUCAACUGUACAUUUCUCAUGAAUUUCUUAUUUAUGUUGAAUUUUUUGUAUCAUCAUUUUAAUGGUUGUACCAUUACAUCGACAAACAUAAUGUGUGGAGAAUGUUUUUAUAUUCCCCAUCAAUAUCUAAGUUUUUGUGUGUGUCUGUUAAAUUGGUUGAUCACUAUUUCAUCAAGCACAUAUUGUUGACUCAGUUUGAGCAUAUACAUGUAGAUUUCCCUUUUAUAAAUAUACUUUAACUGGGAUUUUUUUAAUCUUUGAAACCUUUGGUUUGGUUUCCAGCAUUGCCUCAGUUGAGCAUCAAAUUUACCUGCCUCAAUACCAUGUAUAUGUUUAAGUAUUUCCAGUUAAUCUUUAAAGUGUUUGAAAUGCAUUAAUGAUAACGAAAUCAUUUCUUCAGUUUCUGUCAAGAAUAGGUAUUACCAAAGAUGGUAUAGCGCUGAAGGCGCAAGGUGGAUAACCUUGCCCAAAAGAUGUAAUUAUCAUGGGUGCCAUUUGAGCAAGUGAUACGCCUGCGCAGUUUACAGUAAUGCUUGGGCGCAGGCUCACCAGGUGCACAUGCCUGCCGCGGCACCUGUGCAUUACUGUGCAUUGCGCAUGCGUAUCGCUCGCUCAAAUGGCGCCCAUGGGAUUACAAUGUUUUACGUGUUUUCACGAUGAAGUUCGCCAUCUUGCACCGCUUUGUGGCGCUAUACGAUCUUUGGGCAUUACUGUGUACUAGUCAUGACUCUGUUACCAUUUUUACAUCCCUUUUUGCAUUGAUAGGGGUAUAGGAUUUUGUAAUCAGUUGUUUUUUCGGGGGGGGGUGCAUCAUUUCUCUGAUCCUUUUACACAGACACUUACAAUAUACACAUCAAGCAAUUAUGAUUGUGACAUUUGCAUGGAAUAUGUCCUACUAAUAAAUGCAAAUACCAGGGCUCAGUGUCAGUCUGCUAAGCACUCAAUGUUAUGCUGACAGAGAUUCUGCAUAGUUUAUUGAGACCGUACAGCACAGCAAAAAGCACACUUACCUAUGAGGAAAAAUUUUGCUAAGCUUUAAUAAUGAUGCAUCAGUGGAAAUCUCUAUGCAUGCACAUGCAGUUUUUGUACCACAUGUAAGCACAGCAACUGGGACAUGUUCACUGUGAAAUGUACUUGCUGCUAAGCAGAUUUUUGUGUUACGUUAGCACAAGAAAUAGCAGUAAACACCGCCGUGAAAUUGGGCCCAGGCCUGGAUCUGGGAAGUAGUCCUAGAAAAGUUACUCAUCUGAUACUUGGUAUAUAUUGCUCUUACGCAUGCUCUUAAGAGGGAGAAAAUCAACACUUUGGCAAAUGUAAAUACAAUAGCACAUCAUGGCAAAUACCCCGUUCAAAGAUCCCAUUGCCCACUGUGUGUAAGUUGGCCUGGACCCUAUGCUGCCGUUUUGAUAUUGACGAUAUUACAGGUACUUUUAACAAGCAAUUUUGAUCAGAAAUGCGUGGUGUGAGUUGUAGUUGCAUCUGAGUGACUGACACAAGUUUAAGCAUUUUUGCGAAAGUAAAAAAAAGUUUCUAGUUUUUUAUGGGAAGAAAGGCUGAACAUGUAUCAUACACAUUAAGGUGAAUUGUGAUUUAGAAAAGGGUGAAAUGUUGAAGUGCUUGAAAACAUUAGGGCAAGUGGUUUAUUACAUUCAAAGAAAUGAUUUUUGGUGUGCCGCAUGCCAGUUAAACAAUGAAAGAAAAUAAAUGUUGGCUGGUUGAUUUAAUGGAUGACGCAUUAUUCAAAAGAGCAUAUCCCAGAGUUUCAAACUUGUACAUCUUAAAAAACAUGUUUUUCAUAAAUAGGUGGCAUAAGAGUUCACAUACUUAUGCUGUUCAAAUGUCUGAUGGGGAUCAGUAUUUGUACAAUAUUAAUUACAGUAACAAAUCAGUUUUUUGUGAGAAACUUUAAUGUAGCUCUUGGAAAUUAUUUGGUGAUGGUUUCACUGAAAUGAAUUGGCAGUUUUGCGGAAUGUUCCACUAAAAGGUAUUUAUUUGUUGGUUAAAUUUGUGGGUACUGCGUUUCCACCAACAUGUACAGUGGUGAAAUAGUGUGUAACAGUAACUAAUUUUGUGUCUAAUUUUAACAAAUCAAAUAUUCAUACAAAUGUAAAAUAGCUCUUGUGGACUUGAUUACACGAUGCUUAAAAGACUAUAUCUUAACCAAAUGUAUUGAAUAUGUUGGUUAAAAGUGUGUCAAGCCUUUACCUACAGUGAGGGUUGGAUGGGUUUCGACAUAAUACCUCUCAUCAAAUUUCAAAAAUACGUACCUGAUUUUCCCCAUGAGUUCGGCUGUUCGGCUUGUCAAUUUUUCAUCACAUUGAAAUUGUUGGUUUUAAAAAUAUGGUGUUUAAAAAACUUGAAUGUUUGAUCAGAUAAAAGCAGAAAAUUUUUAAUACUGAAAAAAAUUGAACAGACAUUAAGCGGUUGAUGGUAUGGUAUUCUCAACCAGUUUUGCAAUCAAACAAAAAAUUUUACAUAUUAAAAAGAGAAGUUUGUCAUUCAGAAAAAGUCAACACCCCCCCCCCCCGAAAA